AUGGAGCUGGCGGAGCGGUUCCUGCUCGACGCGCUCGCCUACCUUGAGUGCGCCCUAGGCUGCCUGACCUUCGUGGGGCUCACGCUGCGGGGCUCGCCCUAUGGGCGCUACGCGUCGCAGCGCUCAGCCUGGCGAGUGGCAGCGCCCACCGCCUGGGCGGUGCAGGAGCUACCCUCCUUGGCCGUGCCGCUCUUCGUGGGCGUCGGCACGGCCGCCGAGCGCCUCCGUCACUGGCCCAACCGCGUCCUCCUGGCCAUGUUCCUCGUCCACUACCUACAACGGUCCUUGAUUUUCCCAUUCCUGAUCCGAGGAGGGAAGCCAACACCAUUGUACUCAUGUGUAAUUGCAUUCAUCUUUUGUACCUAUAAUGGCUACUUGCAAAGCAGAUACUUAAGCCAAUAUGCAGUGUAUGCUGAUGACUGGGUCACUGACCCCCGAUUCCUAACAGGUUUUGUCUUGUGGUUCAUAGGCAUGCUGAUAAACAUUCACUCAGAUCACAUCCUAAGGAAUCUCAGGCAGCCAGGGGAGACUGGAUACAAAAUUCCAAGGGGAGGUUUAUUUGAAUAUGUAAGUGCAGCCAACUACUUUGGAGAAGUGGUUGAGUGGUGUGGCUAUGGUCUAGCCAGCUGGUCUGUUCAAGGCUGGGCUUUCGCUCUAUUCACCAUUUGUGUUUUACUCCCUAGAGCACAAGAGCAUCACCAGUGGUACCUUGAGAAAUUUGAAGAUUAUCCGAAAUUCAGAAAAAUUAUAAUCCCAUUUUUGUUUUAAGUCCAUUGUCAGUGGAAUUAUCUUUGACUUGAUGCUUUUUGAUGAUGUUUCUCUAGGGAUUAUAUAACUGAAUUAUUUCUCUGUAAUUUUCCUGCCACUUCAUCUUUUUCAAGAUUUGCCCUAGGAAUUGUUUUUCUAGUAAAUUUAAGUUACCUAAUAACAAACUAAUCUGGAGCUCUCUGGGUAAUGGCUGCUGACCAUUGCUCUGAUUUAGGACUUACCUCUUUUGGUUAUAUCCAACUAAAUGUGCCCAAGACCAGAAUGUACACUCCAUCUUUGAAGGCCUCUGUGGACCAAAACCUUCCACUACCCCUAGAACAGUUCUUACAAGGUCAAAGGCAAUGUUGUCCCUUCUCCCCAUAGAGGUAUGAUCUAUCUUCUAGGUCCCUCAUCCCACUGGGUUGGAGAGGCCUGGGGUACCCACAGUGUAGUCAGAUACUCAGGAAAAUGCACAGGCUUUCCCUGUUGGGUGCUAUACAGGCAGAGAACUUGGGAAUGGAGAAAGGAGAUGCCUGAGGCCCAGCUGAGGCCUGGCCAAAGGCACCUACAGCUGCUCCAGCCUGGCCUGCCAGGUGACUACACUGGCAGGGCAGGAUGCUGGGGCUUUUAUAAGGAGCAAGCUGCUCUGUCCCUCACAAAGGGACUUUGUGAAGGCCUGAGGGUGGGAGCCAGCGGGUGCAGCAGGGCAGUUCCCCCACCCCCUGCCACCCCCGGGGUGGUCCCCUAGUCUCAGGUCACUCGCCAUAAGCAGUCAUUAUUCCCUGGUCUUUUAAGUACCUCUCAUCAUUGCAAAAUGAUAUCUUGAAGCAGAAUUUCAUGCUUUAGAUGCAGUUGAAAGGCUCACUAAUAUAAAUGGCAGUAAAAUUUACUACUCGUGGCCAGAUAUUUAAAAGAAAUCUCCAAUUAGAAGGCCGCUGACUCUCGGCUCUCUGUGAAAACCUAAUGAGUUCAUGGCAAAUGUCCCCUCCAUCCUCUCUUGGGACAGUGCUGCCACGUCAGUCGCUGCUGCCACAUUUGCAGAGGUGAAAACCAAGAGAGAGGUAGAAAAGAAGAGACUGUUCACUUCUGAUCCACUGACAGUGCUAGGUUGCAGGAGUCCUCCAGAACACACCUGAAGUGAUGUCCUGUCAGUUUACUCACUGCUGCCUUUGGGCUGGAAGCAAACCCUCCUGCCUCUCAUCCCCACCCUUCUGGCUCACCUCCCAAGCAGGGGCUCCCUCCCUCAUAAGUUUUCAUGUAGAAACUCUGUUCUCUGUGGGCUGUUAGAGUCUCUUAGGGGUUUAGAAUUACACAGAAAUCUUCCUGAUGCAGCUGUGCUUCAUUUUCACUAAGAACGGCAUGUUUUUGUGGGGAAAUUUUAUUAUUAAAUGAACUUUGGCCCUUUUUCUGACCAAAUAAUUACUUGAAACCAUAAAGCAAUAAAUAUUUGGGAUCUCAGGAACACUCAAACAGCUGAGCCAAUCUUGAUGGAUUUGGGGCCCUGUGUUUUAGAAGGUGCACCUGACCAGAAGGAUAUGUUUAUGAAAGCCAGAGAAGCUCCCUGUGUUACUUCUGAGUGCUGCUGUUUGAUUGGAAUAACCCGUGUGUACAGAAGUCUGGGUUAGCUCAAGAUUUGAUGCAGCUUCUGCUUUCCAGGCGUGCACUGGAUCGAUGACUAACAUGGGAAGAAAUCCUGUUCUAUAUUGUGGCUCUGUCCUUCAUUUCCUAAUAUUUCAGUAAAUUGUCUUCAGUCGUUCUGUUAAUUAUACUAAUUAAGGAAAUUAACAAAAUUACUGUGAAAAUCCCAUCAUUUUUGUCAGCCUUUACUGUCUCAACAUUUCUUCACUCUAGAAGAUCAGACAGUAACAUUUUUAUCCCUGAAAACUUCCCACCUACAUUAACAUUUCAGAACAUCAAAAUUCUUAUCACGAUAGAGCCAUGUAACAUUCUUCCUAUACAUCUUGUGCAUUUCUGUUAAGAUUAUUUUUAGAUAUUUGAUAUUUUGUGUAUUGUGAAUGAGAGUGUGUCCCAAAUGCUUCUUAUAACUAGGAUAAAUCAAAGCAAUUGAGAUUUAUAUAUUUGUCACAUCUAACCAUGCUCCUGAAAUUACUUAAUAAACUCCAACUUUGUCAUUA